CCCUUACCGUGGCGGGAGUCAGAAGUAGAUUCGUGAGGUAAACAUGUCCGGUUCUGCUGUGCGGAGAGAAACAGAAUAAAUUGCACCGCAUUGGUUCUGAUUAUGAGCAGGUUACGUUCAGCGAUGCAUAAAGGAAAGAGAGCCGGAGGGGAGGUGGUAGAAACCGCAUUACCGAAGCGGAAGAAGUCAAAGGCAGCAGUGAAACAAGCUUCAGAGUUUACAGCAGUAGGGAUGCAUCCUGCGCUGCCAAACCUUAUCCUGCAGGCUCAUGUGUUAGAGGAAAGCACAGAUGCUUCCACGCCAUCUCCAUACCACACUUUCCCUGAUCCUGCCGAUGUUGUCCAGUUUCGCUCUCAGCUCCUAAACUGGUACAACAAGGAGAAGCGAGAGCUGCAAUGGAGGACUCUGGCUGUGACAGAGUCAGACAUCAACAUCAGGACAUACGCAGUCUGGGUUUCAGAAAUCAUGCUGCAGCAGACUCAAGUUGCCACAGUAAAAGACUACUACAACAGGUGGAUGAAGAGGUGGCCCACGGUGCAGGAUCUUGCAGCUGCCACUCUAGAGGAGGUGAAUCAGCUAUGGGCGGGCCUUGGGUACUACUCCCGUGGAAGAAGACUGCAUGAAGGAGCGCAGAAGGUGGCGUCAGAGCUGAAGGGACAGAUGCCUCAGACAGUUGACACCCUGCUCAAACAGCUGCCAGGAGUUGGACGCUACACUGCUGCAGCUAUAGGCUCCAUUGCACAGGGGCUGGUUACUGGAGCCGUGGAUGGCAAUGUCACUCGGGUGCUGUGUCGCCUGAGGGCCAUUGGGGCAGACAGCACAAGUCCUGCAGUAACAGAGGCGCUCUGGAAUCUAGCCAAUAUGCUGGUGGAUCCUGAGAGACCUGGAGACUUUAACCAAGCCAUGAUGGAGCUGGGAGCACGGGUCUGCACCCCGAAAGGGCCGUUGUGCAGCCAGUGUCCCGUACAGUCUCACUGCCACUCUUAUCGCAAGGUUCAUGUUCGACAAGAGCAAAACUCUAAGAAGCUUUUGGGGAAGCUGGGGAGGAAGACUUCAGAGCUGCCUGACAUAGAAGACUGCAUGAACAGUGGAACGUGUCCUCUGUGUCCCUCGGAGCCCUGGGAUGAUGAGCUGGGUGUUCAGAACUUCCCCAGAAAGCCACCGAAGAAGCCACCCCGAGUAGAGCGAACUCUCACCUGUGUGGUGACGAGGCCUGGAGAUAAGGAUGAAGAAAAUUUCUUGCUCAUACAGAGACCAAACAAAGGUUUGUUGGCAGGCUUGUGGGAGUUUCCAAGUCUUCUGCUGGAGGAGGAAAACUCUGAGAAGAACCAGAAGAGGGCGCUCUGUGAUGAAAUCAGCAGAAUACUGGGAGUCCAUUUAACUGAAAGCCUCCUCCAGUAUGUGGGAGAGGUGGUCCACAUCUUCUCCCACAUCCACCAGACUUAUGUGGUUUACAGUGUGUGUUUAAAGGAGAGUGACACACAUACGCACACUGAAAACACACAGUGGCUCACUAGAUCUGCUCUGCAGGAAGCUGCUGUGUCCACAGGACUGAAAAAGAUUGUGAAGCUUUACGAUUCUGUGGACAGUCUGAAGGAAAAAAACACCAAGGAUGGCAGAAGGCAAAAGGACUCAGGAAUAAUGGAGAACAAGAAGCCACAGAUCUCUAAAAAGCACAAACUCGGUGCAGCGAACAGCAGCGGCAGACAGCUCUCCCUCAAUUCCUUCUUUAAGACUGUGAAAGAGGAAUGUCGUUAAGAGUCCCGGAAAAGCCUCACAAAUGCCUUUCCGUGUGUGCGUGUAUAAUUAUCAGUGUCACUGCUAUGUCUCCACUUUAAGGUAUUAAUAUAGUAAUCCAGCCCCAGUUUUUAAUACAUGUAGAAGAUCAACUGUGAUUUAAAUUUUUUUUUUUAAUUACUGCCAUCUGUAUAUCACACUGUUACUGUGAACAAACUCCAAGAUUUUAAAUAAUUUCAUACGAGCUGACUACAUGUUUUACACUCAGUUUCUAUCAGAAUUGUCACGUUUAUUACCACAGUGAAGUUGUAACAUGGGGGAAA